UUCCUCUCUUUCCCCUUCUUCCUCCUCCCUCUCUCCCCCUCCCCACCCCCAGGAAGUUCGUCAUGUCGUCGCCGGAAGUCAAAGAUAUCGAAUAUGGCUCGGGGUCCCGAACCGACCCCGAGGCCUGGGACUCCGACCUCAAGGCCCCUGUCGAGGAUCAGGAUCCUUUUGGAGGCGAACAUGUUGGCGAGGUACAAUAUAAGACCUUGGAGUGGUGGCAAUCCGGCUUCUUGAUGAUUGCUGAGACGGUGUCCCUGGGUGUCCUCUCACUCCCCUCGACUGUUGCUACUGUCGGCCUCAUCCCGGCUAUUAUCCUCAUUGUCGGCUUGGGCGUGGUCGCCACCUACUCCGGUUAUGUCAUCGGUCAAUUCCGGGCGCGAUAUCCCUUCAUCCACAGCAUGGCCGACGCGGGCGAGGUCCUGAUGGGUAAACCCGGUCGCAUCUUCAUCGAAGUCGCCCAGCUGCUCUUCUUCAUGUUCGCCUCCGGCAGUCACCUGGUGACCUUCACCGUCAUGAUGAACACCCUCACCGACCAUGGCACCUGCUCCGUGGUCUUCGGCGUCGUCGGCCUGAUCCUAUCCUUCCUCUGCUCCCUGCCGCGCACCAUGAAGAACGUCUCCUGGUUCGCCAUCGCCUGCUUCAUCAGUAUCUUCUCCGCCGUCCUCAUCACCAUGAUCGGCGUCGGCAUCGAGCAACCCUCCACCGAACCCAUGCAACUCACCCGCAAGACGAGCUUCGUGAACGGCUUCUCCGCCGUGACCAACAUCGGAUUCGCCUACUGCGGCCACCCCGCCUUCUUCGGGUUUAUUGCCGAGAUGAAGAACCCUAAGGACUUCCCCAAGUCCCUGUGCAUGCUGCAGGGUUUCGAGAUCAUCCUCUACACCGUCGCUUCCGCCGUCAUCUACCGCUACGCCGGCCAGGACGUCAAGUCGCCCGCCCUGGGCUCGGCUGGCCCCGUUGUCCGCAAGGUCGCCUACGGAGUCGCCAUCCCCACCAUUGUCGUCGCCGGUGUCGUGCUGGGCCACGUCGCUAUCAAGAACGUCUACGUGCGUCUGUUCCGCGGCACGGACGUCAUGCACAAGCGCAGCGUCUUGGGUGUGGGUGCCUGGAUCGGACUCGCCGCGGGCUACUGGAUCGUCGCCUGGAUCAUCGCCGAGGCCAUCCCUGUGUUCAGCAACCUGGUCAGCUUGAUUUGCGCCCUCUUCGCCAGUUGGUUCUCGUUCGGCCUGCCCGGCAUCUUCUGGCUCUACAUGUACCGGGGCAACUACUUCAACUCGUGGCGCAAGACCCUGCUCACCCUGGCCAAUUUGGGUCUGUUUGCCAUCGGCGCCACGAUCUGCAUCUGCGGGCUGUGGGUGUCCGGGUUGGCCAUCCACAACGACAGCUCCGGAAGCAGUUUCUCGUGUGCGAAUAAUGCAUAAUGCGCUGGCGUAUUGAUAUUUCGGGUUUUUUUCCGCUGUAAAUAGACUUUAUAGACUGUAUCAUAGUUUAGACUUUUGUAAUAUACCCAUCUGUCAUUUUUCUGGUUGAAUGCAGGUUCCGCUUCGACGUCAUCGGAAUGUGUCUGAGACAUACAAAGUCACCUCACGUCAUCGCUGGUUGCAGAACUAGAGGAUGAUUCAUUGCUGA